GCCCCCGGUGCCUCCCGCGGGUCUGAGAGGCGGGGUCCCCUCCGCUCCGGCCGGCGCCGCGCGCCGUGGCAGGUGGUAAUGGACGGGAAGUCUCGGCUUUGGCCGCGGCGCCGGGUUCGGGCGCAUCCCAGAUCCCAUCCCCGUGUGGAACGUCUAAACAUCUUUUAUUAGUGGAAACAUUAUUUUGCUACAAAAUGCAUUCAGCAUCUUAAUUGAAACCAGCAUCUGUGUGGUUCUGAUUCAUCUGCUGUGGCUUAUGGAGCUUCAGAUCUAAGGAGUGCAGGGUCUUCUGCGAUGACAAUAUGACUAAUAGUAAAGGAAGAUCUGUUACUAAUAAAACAAGUGGUGGUCCAAGCCGUGGAGGCGGUUUUGUAGACUGGACUUCAAGCUUGCAUACAGUUCAGUCUGACAAGUUUUUAAACUUACUGUUGAGUAUGGUUCCAGUCAUUUACCAGAAAAACCCGGAAGACAGGCACAAAAAGGCGAACGGCGUUUGGCCAGAUGGAUUGUCGGCUGCGGGACAGACGUUUGGUACCAGGUCUGAGCCACACGUGGAGUAUCACCGAGUCUCGGAGCCGCCUUUCCAUGGCAAUAAUGGGCACCCGCCACCAAGCUACAGCCAGAAGUACGACGACUACGCCAACUACAACUACUGUGACGGCGGGGAGCCUUCCGAAACCACUGCCAUGCUGCAAGCUGAAGAGCGGCCCAGCGACGGCGAGGAAGAUGUCAUCGUGGAAGCGAACCAGAAGCUCCCGAAGGAAUCCAGCGGCAUCAUGGCCCUGCAGAUCCUGGUGCCGUUUUUGCUGGCUGGCUUCGGAACCGUGUCUGCCGGCAUGGUUCUGGAUAUAGUCCAGCACUGGGAGGUGUUCAAAAAAGUAACAGAAGUUUUCAUUCUAGUUCCUGCACUACUUGGUCUCAAAGGGAACUUGGAAAUGACAUUGGCAUCUAGAUUAUCCACUGCAGUAAAUAUUGGGAAGAUGGAUUCACCCAUUGAGAAGUGGAACCUAAUAAUUGGCAACUUGGCUUUAAAACAGGUUCAAGCAACAGUGGUCGGUUUUCUAGCAGCCGUGGCGGCGGUUAUAUUGGGCUGGAUUCCAGAGGGGAAAUACUACCUUGAUCACUCCAUACUGUUGUGCUCUAGCAGUGUAGCAACUGCCUUCAUCGCCUCUCUUCUGCAGGGAAUAAUCAUGGUUGGGGUUAUCGUUGGUUCAAAGAAGACUGGUAUAAAUCCUGAUAAUGUUGCCACACCCAUCGCUGCUAGUUUUGGUGACCUUAUAACGCUUGCCAUAUUGGCUUGGAUAAGCCAGGGUUUGUACUCCUGUCUUGAGAAUUAUUACUACAUUUCUCCAUUAGUUGGUGUCUUUUUCUUGGCUCUCACUCCAAUCUGGAUUAUAGUAGCAGCCAAACAUCCAGCCACCAGGACAGUGCUCCACUCGGGCUGGGAGCCUGUCAUAACAGCUAUGGUUAUAAGUAGCAUUGGAGGCCUUAUUCUGGACACAACUGUAUCUGAUCCAAACUUGGUUGGAAUUGUUGUUUACACACCAGUUAUUAAUGGGAUUGGUGGUAAUUUGGUGGCCAUUCAGGCGAGCAGGAUUUCUACAUAUCUUCACUUGCAUAGCAUUCCCGGAGAACUGCCUGAUGAACGCAAAGGCUGUUACUACCCAUUUAGAACUUUUUUUGGUUCAGGAGUAAAUCACAAGUCUGCUCAAGUUCUACUGCUUUUAGUGAUUCCCGGACACUUAAUUUUCCUCUACACGAUUCAUCUGAUGAAAAGUGGCCACACUUCUCUGACUGUAAUCUUCGUAGUAGUAUACUUAUUUGCUGCUGUGUUACAGGUGUUCACCUUGCUGUGGAUCGCUGACUGGAUGGUCCGUCACUUCUGGAGGAAGGGAAAGGACCCCGAUAGUUUCUCCAUCCCCUACCUAACGGCUCUGGGGGAUCUGCUUGGGACAGCGUUGUUAGCCUUAAGUUUCCAUUUUCUUUGGCUUAUUGGAGAUCGAGAUGGAGAUGUUGGAGACUAAUAAAUCCUACAAACUGCUCUCAAGUUACCGAGAAGGAAAACGCAAGAUUACCGCCAAUGGCUUUUUCAGAAAUCUUCAAUCAGUCGUUUGACUUCAGUCAGGGCACUCUGCAGUUGGCCCUGAUUCCAUUAAAUGGCCUUAACAUUUUUUAAAGGAAGUUGUGUCGAACCAGAA